AUGAGCAGCAACAGCCUCAGCAGCAGCGAUGGCAGCUCGCGCGCGGGGUCCGCCUGCUCCCGGCUCAUUGACGUGACCAGCAACGCGGCGCUGCUGCUCACUCCCUGCGCCGCGGCUGCAGCGCCCCCCGCCGCUGAGGUCCAAGAUCAACUCACCAUGAUGAAGAGACAAGUGGAAGAGAGAGCGAAUUUAACUGCUAUCUGUAGUGUUGGAAGAAACAAAGGAAGAACAGAGGCACAAAAGGGAGCUUAUGAUCACGUUCUUCUGGAUAUACCUGUCACUCGAGAACAGACAAAUCACUAUCGGGCUGUGGCUGAAACUGCCCGUAGUGAACUUGCAGCACUUCUGGUAAAGUAUGAAUGUGCCCAGUCAGAGCUUCUAGAUCUCAGAUCCAAAAUGGUCUCUAAAGAAGUCUCAUUGCAAGAGCUGAAGGCUGAAGUGGAAAGCUACAAGGAAAACAAUGCUAGACAAUCCUCUCUACUCCUCUCUUUGCAAAAUCGAGUUCAGGAGAUGGAGGAGGAAUCAGGUGUGCUUGCCACUUCCAAAAAACAGACAGACCUAACAGCACAUGUUUUGCUCCAGGAGAAUUGGGAGUUGAAGGAGAAGAUCCAUAACCAAGAAGCCAAACUGAACAAAUAUUUGAAUGAGUGUGAAGAAAGCAAGAAUCAAGCUUCUAAGAUCAGCUGGAAGCAUGGUGAAUUCUUAGCACAGCUUUCUGGAUUCCUGGACGUAGACAUCAGAGGAAAAGAGGAACCACACAAACAUUUAAUUUCAAAGGUCAAUCAGAUGCAUAAAGAAAAUACAAUGCUAAAAGGGCAGAUUGCCACUCUUGCAGAGGCUAUCAAUGUUCAUGAGAUAGAGUCAAAAGCUAGCAGAGAAACCAUCAUGAGGCUUGUUUCGGAAGUCAGCAAAGAGCAGAAAAAGGCCGUAGCCUACUCCCAAGACACGGACAAGUUUAGCAAGGAUCUGGACAGUGCUUUAACAGCCAAACAGAGUCUAGAGAAGGAGAUCAGAAGCCUCCAAGAUAGGCUGGCUGCUAGCCAGAGGGCUUGGGAAGCCUCAAAGCAGGAACUGCACCACCUGAAGAGAUGUUCCAGUGAGAUGGAUGGGAGUCUGAAAAGCAGCAUAGAUGAGGCCAGGACUGCUCAGAGCCUGCUGAGUGCUUUUAAAGAGCAAGUUGCUACCCUUCUUAGCAACAGUUCUGUAACAGUUACACCCUCUGAGGAGGCUAUCAUGGAGCGAGUUCGAGAACUUGGCCACAGGGAAGAGAGCAAAAAGAUAAUGGUGUCCCAGCUUGAAGCCCAAAUAGCUAAACUGACUGAGCAGCUGGAGAAUCAGACCAGAUUGCACCAGGAGGCUCUGCAAAAGGCCAGGAAAGCAGAAAAACAAUUUGAGACACUCCAGGAUCAAUUGAUGCGUCUGGAUGGGGAGUUGGUGUCUGGAGAUGUGAUGCGAGAUGAUUUGAAGCUUGAGAAACAAAAAUAUCUUAAAUUUCUGGAACAAUUUUCGGAUAAAAUGAAGCUGGACAGCGUUGCAGCUGAGAUUGGGCUCGAUAUGAGUCUGGAUGCGAUUCUGGCCCGUGCAGAGCAGUUGGUCAAACUGGAAAGUGAUGCAGUGAUUGAAAACAAGACUAUGGCACACAACCUACAAAGGAAGUUGAAAGCUCAGAAAGAAAAGCUUGAGAGCAAAGAGCUGCAUAUGAACCUUCUGCGGCAGAAAAUAUCCCAGCUGGAAGAGGAAAAGCAAGUGCGAACAGCCCUGGCUGUGGAGAGAGAUGAGGCCAACCUCACCAUCAGAAAGUUACAGAAGAAGGUGGAGAGGUUACAGAAGGAGCUGGGCUUGGCAAGAGACUCGAACACUGAUCUCAAAGCCAAACUGUCUGACACCAAUGAACUGAAAGUCAAAACUCUAGAACAGACUAGAACCAUUGAGGAACUAAACAAGUCUCAAGGCAAGCUGGAAAAGAUGAAGGAGAAGGCUGAGAAGCAGCUGAUCUGUGUCAAAUCAGAACUACAGUUUACGGAGCAUGAAGCUAAGGAGGAUAAAGAAAGGGCCAGGAGUAUGCUAGAAGCAGUUACCAGUGAACUGAAGGCACUUAAAACAACCCUGGCAGAGGUAUCAAAAAGAGAAAGGCAGCUGGCAGAGUUCCGUGAGGUGGUCUCGCAUAUGUUGGGCCUUAGUGUUACCAGCCUUGCGCUCCCUGACUAUGAAAUCAUCACACGUCUCGAGGGGUUGAUCCAUUCUCAUCAGCACCAUUUUGUUCCCUGUGUCUGCCUCAAAGAUGUGGCAGUGAGGCAAGAUGGACACUCGCAAAGCCACUUACAGCUUCUUCACUGA